CCCUCUCUCCCUCACUGCUGCUGCACAUCGAUGUGUCGGUGUCUGUAGGCUACCUGAGGACUGAACCCUAACCUGUGUAUCCUCUCCCAGCAGCAGCGCCAUGGGGAUCUCCGCGUCCAGUCUGCUCGAUGAGACCACAUCCAACUACAUCAAAGUCCAGGCCGAGGCCGAGCUAAUGGAGUUCAGUCCGUACUACAAGAAGCAGUUCUCUCUGGCUCGUUUCUCCGAGGUAGAAGAUGAUCUGGAGCAGAACAAAGAGACGAUCACGCAGCUGCUCAUACAGAGGGGGACUCCUGAAGGGGGCGAGGUGCUGUAUGAGGAGGGCGUCCUUUUCUUCGACGACGCCAGGAAGUGGAAGGAGAGGUACGUGGUGGUGAGAGCCAACUACUGCCUGGAGUGUCACGACGGCCUGGAGACUUUUAUGAAAGGGAUUCCUCCCCGUCAGAAGCUGCUGCCUACAGGGGGCAGUGUGCCGACCACAGAGGAGAAGUACAUGGCCAUGGUGGACAAGUGCUUCCCCGAUGACACCAACGUGAAGGAGGACUUUGCUCCUCCUCUGUCGGGGAUGCCUGGACAGUUCCCCGUCUACCUGCGUCUGCCCUACAGGAGAGACUCCUACUUCUGCUUCAGACAGGAGGCCAAAAGAGCUGCCUUCCUCUCCAUCCUGUCAGACUGCAUCAGACACCAGAACCAAGACUUCCUGAAGAAGAAGACGUGUGAAGUGCAGGCCUUCCUCAAAGCCAUCCAGCUCUACAGACAGGACAAAGGCCAAUACGAGGCCUGGGACAUGCUGAUAGGGAGCGAUGUCAGGGUGAUGGCCAACGUGGUGAUGGAGCAGCUGCUGCCGUCUCUUCAGAAAGACAUGCUGCCUCGCCUCAAAGCCAAGAAGACAGAGAGGAAGAGAGUCUGGUUUGCUACGGUGGAGGCGGCGUACAUCCUGGUCCAGGAGCAUCUGUUGGAGGGACUCUCAGCACUGAAGGAGGAAUGUCGAACGUCAGUCCGGCAGCAGGAGGUGCUCAUCCACUCCGACAUGGACCAGAUCCUCAACUCCAGACGGCAGCUGGAGGAAACAGUCCGAGACAAAGUGUCGGAGCGAGCAGAGAAGCUGUGCUCCGAGUCCGUCCAGCCGUACCUGGCCUCAGUCCUGGAGGAGCUGAUGGAGCCGGUCAGCUCUGGCUUCCUGGAGGGACGGCAGCUGAGCGAACGCGCCAUGGACCAGGUGUGUCAGGACGUCCUGCGGCUGGCAGACAAUGAGGAACUGAAGAAGGCUCUGGCAGACAUGGCCAAACCGAACCUGCUGAACGGCUACCAGAAGAUCGGCUCGCUGCAGGAGAAACUGCAGCACCUGCAGGAGAGAUUUGGUUUCUCCAACAUUUCAGGAGUGGUCCACAGCGCUCAGAUCGACCUGCAGCAGCUGACUGAGAAUGCAGCCUCCACGUUUGAACAGCUGUUUCACAAAGCCGUCCAGGACAACCCCGAGAACCCCGGCUCUGCCAUCGAGAAGGCCAAACACAGAGUGCUCAAGCAAUACGACUAUGACAGCAGCACAGUGAGGAAGAGGAUCUCCAGGGAGGCCCUCGUCUCCGUCACUCUGCCCUUCAUCAAGAAGAGUCUGGCCGCCACCUGCAAAACUGAGCUUCAGGGUCUCGAGCGGUCAGUCUACGCCGACCACUCCAACUACAUCCACAUUGAGAACGUCUAUGAGAGCAUCCUCCUGCAAUCUCUGGACAAGGAGGUCACCAAAGUGGUGAAGGAGGCGGCCAGCCUGAAGAAGUACAACCUGUUCACAGACAGCAGAGACCUGCUCAGUCAGUCCAGCCGCUCCAGCCUCUCCUCCCCGCCCGUCUCCACUCCGGGCACCCCCGCCAUGGUGCUCGCCUCCCCCUCCAAAACCUCCGUUGAGCCCCAGCCCCCGUCUCCUCUUGCAGUCAACGGUCUGUCGUCCAGCCCCCGGAAGGAAGGGCAGACGGAGGAGAGCGAAGCCCCGAAGGACGCGGCCCUUAUUGAGACGCCUCUGGGGAAGGUUGAACAAAAAGACGUAGCUCAGACCGUCGCAGUCGGCGAGGAGGCAGGGGCAACGCCACUCACAGCAGAGGAAGUCUUCCUAACUGUGAAGGCAGAAGCAGGCCCCCCUGCUUCAGCAGACACAUCCAACCCGAGUGAGACGCAGGAGGUUAACGUAGAAGCGCCUCCAGAGACUGUGAUCGAAAAGGAAGAGAUUUCUGUCGAGACAGAAACAGUGGAGAUGGCCGCUGAGCCUCAGGUGCAGAGGACAGAUGCUCCAAAAGAGGCAGAUGUCAUUUUGUCAGAAACCCCUAUUGUUGUAGAAAGCACAAAGACAGAUGUAGAAGAAGCAGCAGCACGGAUAGAAGCUCCUGUACCAAGCUGUGACCCCACUGAUGAACCAGCCAACACUUCAGCAGAGAGCACUGAUUCCCAAACUGCAGCCAGCUGUGUAGAAGAGACAAACUGUGGAUGCUCAGAAAUCAAGUUAGAGGCUCCCUCUAGUGGUCAAACAGCUGAACUUACAUCUGCAGACAUCAGCCUGGACAUGAAGCGACAGGAGGCAGAACCAGUGACCGUCUCAGACCCCAAUUCCAUGGACGUGUCGGUGGGGAGUGAGUCGGCCCCGUCGGACGUGGAGUCCAUGGAGGAGGGGAAAGUAACGCAGAGCAGCGAGGACGAAGUCUCAACGACCUCCGACGUCUUGGAGGACGAGGCCAACGUCAGCAAAUCACCUGUGAGCUUGGACGAUCCCGCCGGGGACAAAACCACGGGUGACAAGGAGUCUCCUCAGGCCCAGACGGAAGCUGUGAUGAGCGGCGUCGAGGCGGGUGCGAGCGCGGAGCCCUCUGCGGCAAACUCUCAGCCCUCUGAGCCCGCAGAGGAUGAAGGCCCUGAAGCACAGCCCAUUGGCUGCAUCAAGGAGAUCCGUGACCUAGUGAUGGAGGUGAUGGAGGUGGAGGAGCCGGUGCAGCGGUACCCCAGCGGAGUGCCAAAAGAGGAGGAAUGAGGCACCAGGAUCCAUCACAACUGCAUUACAAAAGUGAUUCAGGAUGUUCUGCUGAAGGGAACCAACUCAUGACCAGAAUAGAACAUUAAGCCUCAAACUGUCCGGGAGUCAAAACAUUUGUUCUCAGAGUCGACGCAGGAAAAGACUCCUGACAAACAUUCACAACAGCUUCCAUGAACUUUUUUUUUAUUUUAAACACAUUUGCAUGAAAUGAUGGUAAAUUAUUCAUAAAAAUCAAUAUAUCAGCUGUGUCAGGUGUAUAAAACAAACAUGUCUGUUUCAUUCAGUGAAUUUUAACACUAUAAUUAUUUUUGUGGAAAUUGCAUUAUGCUGUGGUAUCUAUUUCAAAGGAAUAGUUAGGACAUUUUAUAGAAUGUAUUUAUGCGCUUUCUCUCUGAGAAUAGGAUGUGAGGAUGGAUAUCAAUCUCCGUAUAGGAUGUCUGUGUAUAAGCCGCUUAGCUUAGCAGGGGAAAUGGCCAGCUUGGUUCAGUCUAAUUUGAAAUGACACCUACAAACGUUUUAUCUGUCAGCUCUGUACAGGCAGACAUGAGAUUUGUAUCCAUCUGAAUAUCUCACUCUCUGGGGAAAAAAAGCAAAUGAAUGAAUUCCCUAAAAUGCCAGACUAUGAGCUUUAAAUUGUUUAGAAAUGACUAUUAACAGAUAUUUAAUUAUAUUAGACCACAUGCGGCUUUGACAGCAGUGCAGAGUGGCGGCUGUGAGCUAGCCAGUG